AUGGAGCUCAACUUUCGGGGCCUGGUCCGACCGAGUCAGGACACUGUUAGUAACGUCCUGAGUAGAGUAGAGGCCCUUAGGGCCGUCGUAGAGGGGAAGCGGGCCUUGUUGGAGAAGCUACGUCGGGAGAAGGCCUCCAGUGCAGAUCAAGUAUGCAGUACAGGGGACAUAAUCGAGCGAGAGAUUGAAUCGUUCAAGAUGGCCUCGGCAAAUGAGGAGGAGGAGGAGGCCCCGUUGGAACCGUCAUACGACUUGCUGUUCGAGCUGGGCAAUAGAUGGAUCAGGAUGGAGUUCAUAACGGAGGAGGAGAGGACGAGGGGCGAAUGGGAGGACCCUGACGAUGAUUUUGAGAGCUUUAACGUGCCGACUGCUGAGACCCCUGACCUGAAUGAAGUCAGGAGUGACGAGGCAACUCCGAGACAAUCACGUCGGGUGCGAGAGAGUGUCGGCAGCGUGGCCUCCAUGAUGGCCAUGGAAUGUGGCUUGAGCGAAUUUGCCAGCUGAUGCAAGUGUUAAUUACCUAAUACUUGCAUGAUGCUUCUUAUCAAUUUCUC